CCCGGCCACAGCAGCAUGGCCUCGCUCAUCGUGGUGACCGAGCACGACGGCACGGGGAGCACGAGCGAGGAGGAGAUGGACGUGCCCGGCACUGAGGGCUUUGGGGAUGGCCGCAAGCUGCACCUCUCCGGCCGCAAGCUGUCCCUGCAGGAGCGGCCACAGCCUGCCCGCUCGCCCGGGCACGGGGACACCAACCAACGCUUCAUCUACCCCUCCCUCCCGUACUCCCCAGUGACGUCCCCGCACUCCUCCCCACGGCUGCCACGGCGCCCGACAGUGGAGUCCAACCGAGUGUCCAUCACAGGAUUGCAGGACUGUGUGCAGCUCAACCAGUACAAACUGAAGGAUGAGAUUGGGAAGGGCUCCUAUGGGGUGGUGAAGCUGGCCUACAAUGAAGAUGAUAACACCUACUAUGCAAUGAAAGUUCUCUCAAAAAAGAAGCUGAUGAGACAGGCGGGCUUCCCACGCCGCCCGCCGCCCCGCGGGGCCAAAGCUGCUUCCGAGGGCUGCCUGCAGCCCAGAGGGCCCAUCGAACAGGUCUACCAGGAGAUUGCCAUCCUGAAGAAGCUGGACCAUCCCAACGUGGUGAAGCUGGUGGAGGUCCUGGAUGACCCCAGUGAGGAUCACCUGUACAUGGUGUUUGAACUGGUGAAGCAGGGCCCUGUGAUGGAAAUCCCAACCUUGAAACCUCUCAGUGAGGACCAGGCUCGGUUCUACUUCCAGGAUCUGAUCAAGGGCAUUGAAUACUUGCACUACCAGAAGAUAAUCCAUCGGGAUAUUAAACCUUCCAACCUCCUCGUGGGGGAAGAUGGGCACGUCAAGAUCGCCGACUUUGGAGUGAGCAACGAGUUCAAGGGAGCUGAUGCCCUGUUAACCAACACAGUGGGCACUCCUGCCUUCAUGGCCCCAGAGACCCUCUCAGAAACCAGGAAAAUCUUCUCUGGAAAGGUAUUUAAUAGCAAUUUGAAGGGUCUUGGACUAACCUUGCACAUACAGAAAUCUUGUUGUAAAUUUAACUAUGCUUUCUUCACUCUGCAGGCUUUGGAUGUCUGGGCCAUGGGGAUCACACUGUACUGCUUCGUGUUUGGGCAGUGCCCUUUUAUGGAUGAAAGGAUCUUGAGUUUACACAAUAAAAUCAAGACCCAAACGUUGGAGUUCCCAGACCAGCCAGAAGUUACAGACUUCUUGAAGGAUUUGAUUACACGAAUGCUGGAUAAAAAUCCUGAAUCUCGGAUUUCGGUCCCAGAAAUCAAGGAAAGUACUGUGCAACAGCCUUUCGCAGGAGAUUUCUGGUCCUUCGCCCCUGCGGGAGCCUGGAAGGGGCGAGAAGCUGAGAGAAUGGAGACCAAGUUGCACCCUUGGGUCACCAAGAACGGAGCAGAGCUGCUGCCCACGGAGGAUGAGAACUGCACCCUCGUCGAAGUGACAGAGGAGGAAGUGGAGAAUUCAGUCAAGCACAUUCCCAGCCUGGCCACCGUGAUCUUGGUUAAAACAAUGAUCCGGAAGCGAUCCUUUGGGAAUCCAUUUGAGGGGAGCAAGAGGGAGGAGCGCUCAUUGUCUUCAUCUGGGAACCUGCUGCCGAAACAAGGCAGUGAAGAUAACCUGAAAUGCAACGACUUGCCCAACGUGGGAGAAGAGGAACUUCUUUCUUGAACGUGGACUUUACGGUUCUGUUGAGCAGCUCAACCCAGGGCAUGUGACCAAGCGUGCACUGGGGACGAGGUGACCAGAGCCCAGAGCAAACACAGCAUGACAUGGCGCUAUCUCAGUACAAUGCUGGAUGUAGAGCUCACAUAGCAGCAUGUUCUCACACGUUAUCAGACAUCUGAUUAUUUGCCAUAAACACGGAACAUCUCCGACCCCUUGGACUGCUGACUUCUGGUGGGAGAGGCGCUGGCGGGCAGUGGAGAGGUGAGCGGUGGUGGUGAGCAGCAACAGGGCUUUGCAAAACAGAACCCACAGCAGCCAAAGGAAAAUGUGUUUGGAACUGCUUUUAGCUGGUUUUAAUGCCAAAUAAUUUGCAGGGACUGACGCCAGCGUCCCAGGGGCACGAUGCCCAUCGUGUGGCUGUGGGCACGUGCAGAAGGGUGAAGCUUUUGCCAAGUGGGAUACACAGCAGUAAAACCAACCACACGCGUGCACUUUGAGAGUUCACGACCUACCAGGAAUGUUGUUGCAUCUAUUUCUUGUCGUUCUGGUUUGUUUUUAAUUGACACCUUUUUAACUGCAUGGGAACAAAGCAAAAACCCACCUUUUCAGCUUUUUAAAGAAUGCCUACCUUUGUGAGCCAAGUUGUAUGAAACAGCAUCUUCAGGAUGUUCAGAAAGUGAGGUUAAUUACCUCCUCGGGUAAUUAACACCUUUCCAGUGGCCUUGGUGUGACCGGGACUUGGUAAGUUAGGUAUUCAGUGUAUGAAAGGAAAAGGUAUUUAAGGGCUUAAGUUCAGUUUGAACUAUUUUUGCUGCAGACAUAUGAGUGAAAGGUGGUGUUUAGAAUGUUUUAAACUACAAAAGAAGCACUAACAGUUUAUUUCUAAAUCUUUUACUUGAUCUAGGUAGAUAUACUAUAAAAUAUAAAAUUCAGGGUAAAAUCCUUCACUUCCAUGUACAUUACAUGGUUUACUACAAUUAAAAAUAAUACAACUUAUGCUGUUUUUAAAGUAUAGACUUAGGGCUUGCUUAGAAUUUAAGAUCUUAAUGAUUAGCUAGUAAUUUUCAAAGAAACGUUUGUUUUCCAAACUCUUAAUCUGGAUUCUGGGGCCAAUGCUAUGUAUUUUUUGCAAGUUUGUUACCAGUAAUUCGUGAAUGCCUGUGGAUCAGAGGCUUGUUAGUAAACUAAGUGUAUAUCUAGUUCAUGGAUUGUUUCUUACCAAGAGCUCUUUCACCUUCAGUCAGAUUACUCUGAUUAUUUGUGGUGCUUGUAAAAAAUAACAAUCUGUCAUGUGGUGGGAGAGACUCUGGUGUCCAGACUCACUUUCCCAAGUUCUCUGGGCUCGGACAAAGCUGGAGAAUGAGGAGCCAGGGUUUGCCUGAGGAAAGGGGUCACGGUAAGUACAGCUGUUCUGUGGAGUGUGGGACUACGGGGAAAAGGUCUGAUUUUUUUCCUUUCUCAGUCUGAUACGGUUGUGUGACCUUGAACAAGGCAUUUGAUGUACCUGACAGAGAAGACAGAUUUGAGUCUCCCAAGCUUGUGAGGGACUGAUAAGGUCUAAUUCUUUGGCCUCGGGAAGAAGGCACUAGGAGACUGCCAAGUGUCUUUCUUGAUUAAUGGCAAGAUCUCUGCCUGUUAACCCUGGCCAUGGAUGCCCUGCCUUUAGAAAGUGACCAUUCCCUUGUCUUCCUGUAUUUUAUCCUGGACAGCACAAGCAGCAGUGUGCCAAUGUCCUUGGCCCUGCUGCAGUCAGACCUGGCCUGGUAAUUCCUGGUUAAGACUGAUUUUUGUUAAAGCCAGGACAGCAUUAGCAAGGGUGCAGAUGCCUACCCAAACUGUCCCUUACACCUUUUGAUCACUUGAAGCGAUGUUCCCCCUAAAUUUAUUAUGGAAGCAUUGUGCUGCUGGCCUCUCUCCAAAGCCAGUGAGGACAAUUGGUGGUUUAGGAGCAAUACUAUGGAGUUUGGAGCCAUAAGACAUGCACUGUUUUUCCUCCCAUUUUAGUCCGAGGCUAUGCCAAAGCCCUGCAGCUUCAGCUAUGGGAAAACCAAACAGGUAACUUGGGGGCCAGCACUACUACAGCUGCCUGCUCCCCCUUUGCUACACAGGACUUUUCAUUGUAGAAAUGUGUGUGAGUGGGCAGCCUGGUUCUCUAACCCUGCAAAUGGACUUGAACUGCCAAAAAAAAAAAAAAGUAAAAAGCUAGGGGAUCUGAUUCUUUGUAGGUAGUGCAUAGUAAUGUGUGUGGUGUGUUUGCUAGAGGUGUGUUGUAGAGAUCUCUGUGCUGCCCAUCCCUGGUUGUGAUUUGUCAGGUGAGACAGUUUACAUUGACCAAACAGGUCUGCCAGGUGUAAUGCAGCUUCUCAACAGCUGCACCAUCUCCCUAAUGCCCAGCCAGUGUCUGGGCCUCAGAUACUCCCACUGAUCAGUGUCUGACUGCCUGCAUGGGCUUGGUUCUAAAGGAUGCUAAACUCAGCACUUCCCCAAGGUACUCUCCAAACCGAGUGUCCCUCGGUGCAGGCUCUGGUGGGGCUGCAGCCAAAUGCACAUUUUGGAAAGAAAUGCAAUGUGGAUUUUUCUGGUUGGUCAACUGUUGAAAGCAUAAAGCGUGGCCAUGUGAGGGAGAUCUCUCUAAUUGCAUGACCUGUUAGAGAAGCUGUGCUGUGUAUAUAAACCUGCUCAGUUCCCCAGCUGCUGUUCCUUAGUAGUGAUGCUGGCUUUCUCCUUAUAGUGAAGUGAACAUUUUGCUUGUGCCUUGGAACUGGGCGAUAGCUUGAUUUCCCCAACUCCCUUCCUUCCAAGCAAGCCCGGUGCUGGCUGUGGGCUUAUUGCUGGGUACUAAGCCUUUUUGGCUCUGAAAGCACACAGGAAAGUGCUAAGGGGAAACCAGGCCUCUUAUCUGAGUAGUUUUCCAUGGUGGUCCCCUCUUACCUAUCAGGCAAUUGAUCUGUUUCUUUUCUAAUGUCCUGAACUAUUCCUGAUUUUUAUACUAUUUGUUUAAUGACCAAGGCUUGUGUUUCACUCCUAUCCCUUUAUUAUGCAUUUAACUUUAUCAGGUGUAUCAAGUUUAAAUACUGUGUAUUUACCACUUUUAAAUUAUAUUACCUAAGAAGAAAGAAUAAACCAACAACUAAGUGUUUUUCCACACAGGUGUUCAAGCUUCACUGUACAAGUUGAAAUAAAUGACAUGCAACCAAACCA